AAAAAAAUCACCAGGAUGAGGGAGAGGCAAACAGUGCUUGAUGCUUUAACCUUGGACUUUUCUGAGGAUGAUAGCAUCAUUAUUCCGCCAAUCGAUGCCACUGAUUUUGAGAUUAAUCCUGAUAUCAUACAAGUGAUAUCAAUUAAUCAAUUUGGCGGUUUGAAACAUGAAGAUCCGAUGGUGCAUAUGUUGUGGUUUAACAGAAUCUGUAACACAUUCCGGAUCAAUGAAGUGUCAAUUGACAUCGUGAAGCUUAUCUUAUUCCCAUUCUCUCUUCGGGAUAAGGCUAUUCAGUGGGUGAAUUCUUUUUCACCAGGUCACUUCACCACCUGGAAUGCUCUUCACCGGGCAUUCAUGCAUGAGUAUUUUCCUCCAUCGGCGGUUGCGCACAUCAGAACAUUAAUUCAAAAUUUUAAGCAAGCCCCGAUGGAAACAAUUAGUGAGGCUUGGGAUCGAUACAAGGUCUUACGGAGAAAGUGUCCUACACAGUUGAUGGAUGCUUAUGACUUGAUGUUCUAUUUCUACUAUGGACUUCAAGUUGUAAGUAAAAAAGAGUUGGACUGUUAUUCAAAGGUGGGUUCUUUUCUCGACAUGACACCAAAAGAGAGUGAAACACUCGUGGAGAAUGUGGUAUCAAAUGCUAAGAACUGGUACUACGAGACAGAAUCUUCUUCCAAGACUACACUUCAAGGCACCGAUCAAAUUUCAGCCCUCACAACAAUAAUUGACAACCUGGCAACUCAAGUGAAGAAUCUCAACUCACGACCAAGUCGGGUCAACAAGCAGAAUCAUGUUGUAUUGUUGUGGCAGUUCAGGAAGGUUUGGAGACUAGCACGGAGUCACCCAUAAUUGAUGAAGAAUUCACAGAUGAGAGAUGGACCUCCACUGAAAAACAAAGCUCAGUGGAACUACAGAAUGAAACUGGAGAGAUCUUUGAGCCAAUUUCAGAGAAGGUGGAAGUGGGGGACAUUUUGUGCAAAAGUAAAGUUGAAAAGGGAGAAAUUCUGACAUUAUGUCUUGCUGAAUUUGAUGAAGCAUCUCACGGAGAGGAGGAAUCCGAAAUGAUCACAGUUGCAUCUUGUGAAAAAUUUAAAAAGAGAACUUCUGAGAAGAUGAAUGAAAUUGAGGAGCUCCUUGAUCUAUUGUUGGAGACUUUGGAUGUGGAAGUUGAUGAAGAAGAUGCACAUGUUGAGGAAGAAACAAGCAUGGAGGAGUCCAUUGACUUUCUUCUUGAUGUGCUUGAAACUAGUACAUGGCUCAAAACAGUCCAGAUUGAAGGGGAUCUGGAGAAUGAGGACGAC